CAGAGACACCGGGGAGGAAGGCAGCGAAGCCAACCCUCUUUCCUCCUCCUCCUCCUCCUCAACUGAGACCCUGACUUCGGGGGCAGCCCCAAGAAGAGAAGGAAGAGUUUUUAAGGAGUGUGUUGUGAAUAGGAAGGUUCCUUCUGAUUGUGGACUGGGAAGUGCUUUUAGUUGACAUGUCAGUUUUGGAUUCCUGUAGAGUAAGAGGAAGCAGAGAGGCAGUAAUGGAGUAUAUGAGCACUGACAGUGACAAUAAAGAGGAGAUUGAUUUGUUGUUAACAGACCUAAAUAUGUCUGAGGUGAUCAACAUCAUGGAGAACCUUUAUCCAAAUGGAGACCUGAGCGUUUAUGAUGACAGCAUUUUGACUCUAUGUCCGGAGAAGAACAGAAAUGAGGAACGGGCAGAGUCCUUGCUGUUCAGCAGACGGGAAGUUUCAUUGUUAUCAUCUGUCAAAUAUGGGACUGUAGAAGACUUGCUUGCUUUUGCAAAUCAGGUGUCGAACACUGCAAAGCAGAUUUGCCAUCACAGAAGACAAGAGUCAGGGAUCAUAUUGAAUAUGAUCAAUCCCAAAAAUGGGCGCUAUCAGAUUGAUUCGGAUGUACUCCUGUUUCCCUGGAAGUUAACCUACAGGAAUAUUGGGACUGACUUUAUUCCACGGGGAGCUUUUGGAAAAGUCUACUUGGCACAAGACACAGAAACCAAAAAACGAAUGGCUUGCAAGCUGGUCCCAGUGGAACAGUUUAAACCAUCAGACGUUGAAAUCCAGGCCUGCUUCCGUCACGAGAAUAUUGCUGAACUUUAUGGAGCCAUCUUGUGGGAUGAGACGAUCCAUCUCUUCAUGGAAGCAGGAGAAGGAGGCUCUGUCCUGGAGAAAGUGGAAAGCUGUGGACCUAUGAGAGAAUUUGAGAUCAUCUGGGUGACAAAGCAUAUCCUCAAAGGGCUGGAGUUUCUUCACUCAAAAAGGGUUAUACAUCAGGAUAUAAAACCAAGCAACAUUGUUUUCAUGUCAACUAAAGCAGUUCUGGUAGACUUCGGCCUGAGUGUUCAAAUGACAGAAGAUAUAUACUAUCCCAAGGAACUCAGAGGAACAGAGAUUUACAUGAGCCCAGAAGUAAUACUCUGCCGUGGACACACUACGGAAGCUGAUAUCUACAGCCUGGGAACAACCAUCAUCCACAUGCAGACUGGCAUCCCGCCAUGGGUGAAUCGAUAUCCUCGUGCAGCAUACCCCUCCUACCUUUAUAUAAUCCAUAAGCAAGCUCCACCGCUAGAGGACAUCUCAGAAGACUGCAGCCCUAGCAUGAGACGGUUUCUGGAAGCUGCCCUUGAAAGAAACCCAAACCAGAGACCCUCUGCUACAGAACUCCUCAAACAUGAGGCCUUGCACCCACCGAGAGAAGAGCAGCCACGGUGUCAGAGCCUGGAUUCAGCUCUCUUUGAAAGGAAGCGUUUGCUGGCAAGGCAGGAGCUUGAGCUGCCUGAGAACAUUGAUGAUUCCUCAAGCCUUGGGAUUACUGAAGAAUCAGAACUGCUAAAGAGACAACGAUCACUGUACAUUGACCUUGGAGCACUGGCUGGCUAUUUUAACAUAGUCUGAGGACUGAUGCUACAAGAUUAUGAAAAGAUCUGUCAUGCUGGAUGGAAGGAGAUAAAUUACCUCAGUUUAUUUGAAGAAAAAGAAGAGUGCAAUACUUUUUAUCACUUGAAGAAUUUUAUAAAGUAAAAUCUUUCUGAAACGCUAACAAAACAACAAGAGAAUGUUCUUGUUCUAGGUAAAAUGUUGAUUUUGGCAUAUGAUAUGUGACUCAUGUUCAGUCCGUAUUGAGUGUGUAUGUGGAAUAUGACAGUGGAACACUCUCCCUUGGAGGGUGAUGAAGUCUCCUUUGGAGGUUUUUAAUCAGAGGCUGGAUGGCCAUUUGUCAGGGGUGCUUUGAUUGUGUGUUCCUGCAUGGAACCAGCAUAUGCAUUAAAAAAAUGAAAGACAUGAUUGGGGAUCCAAAUUGUUAAGUUCAACUGUAGUGGAAGCUCCUAGUUAGAACACCUUGCACUCUUCUAAUUAUCAGUGAUUAAAGUCUACAUAGGAUCAAGGAGCUGUUUCUAAACCAGUAGUAAUGUGGCUAUUACUAAUAGUGCUUUCUGGCAGAGUCUUCCAUUUUGAAAAUCUUUGGCUUAUAUCAUUAGGUUGACUUCCCUAGGAAAGCCUGAAGCUUGGUGAGUUGGCUGAAACCUUUUUCUGUUGUUUCUCAUUCCAUGCGUUUUUGCUUGGACCAAAGGCAGUUUGGUGACCCACUAAUGCACAUAGCAUGAGCAUCUCUGUUCCUCCACACCCAGCCGCCCACUUGUUUUGCUGAUAGCUUGUUUUGGCUUCAGGUGAGGCAACUCCUCAGCCCUCUCUUUCCUUGCAUUCCUCGCCAUACAUCUCAGACUUGUUUUCAUGCUGCUCCUUCUGUCUCCCUCUAGGCAAAGAACUAGUCAGCUUUGGUCUAUGAGAAAAGCUUGGGGAAAUUACUUUGAGGGACUCUAAGUUCCAGAAGUCACUCUUGGUACCAGCUGGGAGAUUCUAGAAAUUGCAAUUCAUAACAUUGAUACUUCCAAGUUCUGCUUAUGUCCUUGGGCAAAUCCUUAGGAGUUCAGUGAACUCAGGUUUUGGUGUUUUUUUCUUUGAUCCAAGACUAUGAUGGUGUUUUGAUUAUCCAGGUAUAUAAGUGAAAAGCAUUGCUGAUUAAUAGCUAUGAAGCUUCUAUAUCAUAUAAACAUUCUCUUAAAGCUAUUCAUCAGCUUGUUGAUUCUAGUGGUGCUUGGGCAGAUUUUUAGAAUUAGAAAUCAAUAGCAAAACAGUAACAAAAAAGUUGUAACUAUACAUAUACAUGCUAGGUUGCUGUUUAGAAGGCAUGUGAAUUAGCUUAUUUGCAUUUUGAUGGAGUCAGCUGUAUUCUGUACUUUUCAAAAUGUUCUCUUGCAUGUGGGUAUGGAUGGGAGCUGUAAGGGCAUGGAAUGCUGGCUUCCUAGCAAAGAAAGCAACAACUGUAAGCAUGAGCCAUUUGAAAUAUAAGGUUGGCAGCAGAAUACAAUAGAGUCUAGGUGGAAACAUGCAAUUUCUGAAGGUUGGAUUAAUUUAUGGCUGCGGGUUACAUGUUUCUUAAGACAAACAUGUGUUUGAAUGUCAUGAAUUAUAGAUUUUUGUAAACGUUCCUAUGGAAAAAGAAUUCCUUUGGUCUUGAAGAUGUUGAGUAUGUUUAAAACAUGAUGUUUUAGAUGGCAGAAAACUGUUUCAAGAACAUAGUUUGGUACAUCCCAUGGGAUGAAUAUGUAAACUUUUAUAAAAUGGGUCAAUACUCUGUUAUGCAUUUUUAUUUCAUUUAUAAAGUAGCAUACUGUGUAUGUUGUAAAUAGAAUUAUUGACAAAGAGCAUUACCUCUGUUUUAAAGUUUAUAUUUAAGGAUGUUUGUAUAUACAGUUUAUUUGUAUUAAUUUCUUCCAGCCCUGUUUCUGAUAAGAAUGGAGCAACUAUUUAAAGGAAUAAAUCCAGGUGUUUGUCUGCA